ACUGGGAGCCUCGGUCUCAUGCCUCCAUGAUCUCCCUGUUGUCAAGGGGAGGGGAAAGGGGCGUCGCUGCGGCUCACGGCUUAAUUACUUCAAGCAACAAUAAGUGUCCCGCUUGUAAUGGCAGGAAGACAGAGGGAGGUCGAGUCUCUGGGAGAAACUGAGUCCAUCUGAGGAGCACACGUGAGCUGCUGCAGAUACAUGAAGUUACAACAGGAGAGCUUCAGACAUCAUCGCAGCUGGAACAUUUCCUUCACUAUUUUCAUGGAGGAUUGAUUCUGACAGCAGGUGGAGGAAAUAAUAUGAAGUUCCACUGAGAGAAAAGUGGACAAACGGAGGAAAUGUGGAGUGACUGUGAGUGGUGACGACUUGAAGUCAAACUUGCCAGAAAGCCAAAGGAUAUAAGAAAAGAGAUAAGCGUUUUCCAGAAGAUCCUUCUGCUCUUAGAGAGAAGAGACAGAUGAGAAAUCCUUGGUUCGGGUGCAGCGGGACUGUGCUAUGAUUCUCCCUGUGGUGUUCUUGCUGGUGCUCCUGUUGCUCUCUGGACCAUCUCUCCAGGGAGAAACUCAGGAAAUAGGAAACAGCGAUGAGGUCAGAGACAGAGAGUUUAUCUUUGCACCAAAACGGCAAAAACGCACUGUGAUUGAUCACAGUGCUCUUCAAACAGACAAAUGCUCCUAUACAUUCAUUGUCCCUCAGCAGAAAAAUAAUGGGGCCAUUUGUGUGAACUCCAAGGAGCCAGAUGCCCUGCUGGAGAAUAGGGUCAAUAAGCAGGAGCUAGAGCUGCUCAAUAGUGAGCUGCAGAAGCAGCGACGGCAGAUUGAAGCAUUGCAGCAGUUGGUAGAGGUAGAUGGGGGUGUGGUCAAUGAAGUCAAACUACUGCGCAAAGAGAGUCGCAACAUGAACUCCCGAGUUACACAGCUCUACAUGCAGCUGCUGCAUGAGAUUAUCCGCAAACGAGACAAUGCUCUCGAGGUGUCACAGCUGGAGACCCGUGUGCUCAACCACACAAAUGAGAUGGGGAGGCUGGCUACUCGCUACCGUGACCUGGAACAUAAGUACCAGCAUCUGUCAGCCAUCGCAAGCAACCAGAGCGCCCUCCUGGUGCAGCUGGAGGAGCACUGUAAGCGAGGAGGAUACUCAUAUGGAGUGGUGCAGGAAAGGAGCCGCCCUGUUCGUCCACAGCCUCCUGUGAUGCCUCAGCCUCCUGUGAUGCCUCACCAUCCUGUGAUGCCUCAGCCUCCUGUGAUGCCUCACCAUCCUGUGAUGCCUCAGCCUCCUGUGAUGCCUCAGCCAUCUCUACAGAGACCUGUAUUGUCUCCUGGAGGCUACAGGCCCUUCCAUCCACCUACCUACACCCGCCACACCAGCAACUCCAUGACCAAUGAGAUACAGAGUGACCAAAACUCCAAAGCAUUACCACCUCCUUUGCCCACAAUGCCAAGUGCUACAUAUAGCUUCACAAAUGAGCCCACUGGCCCUUUCAAAGACUGUCUCGAGGCUCUGGAGAGCGGAUACACCACCAGCGGCAUGUAUCUCCUGAAACCAGACAACGGCAACCAACUUAUGCAGGUCUGGUGUGACCAAAGACACGACCCUGGUGGAUGGACUGUCAUUCAGAGACGCCAGGAUGGCUCUGUCAACUUCUUUAGGAACUGGGAGACGUAUAAGCAAGGGUUUGGAAACAUUGAUGGUGAAUACUGGUUAGGACUUGAGAACAUCUACUGGCUGACCAACCAGGGCAACUACAAACUCCUGGUGACCCUUGAAGACUGGACGGGGCGCAAGACCUUUGCAGAGUAUGCCAGCUUCCGUGUCGAAUCCGAGGAGGACUUCUACAGGCUUCGAGUGGGCCGAUACCAUGGCAAUGCUGGAGACUCUCUUACCUGGCACAACAGCAAGCAGUUUACCACACUGGACAGAGACCAUGAUGUUUAUGCAGGUAACUGUGCCCACUACCAGAAGGGAGGAUGGUGGUACAACGCCUGUGCUCAUUCCAACUUGAACGGCGUGUGGUACCGUGGUGGGCAUUACCGCAGCCGCUACCAGGAUGGGGUCUACUGGGCCGAGUUCAGAGGAGGAGCGUACUCUCUGAAGAAAGUUACCAUGAUGAUACGACCUCAUGCAAACACCUUCCAUUAACUCGUCAGUCAUUCAAACCCGAAAAGAUUUUAGGGAACAUUUCCAACAAAGGGAUUCCAUUUCUAUAUCACAAACACAUCCUUGAUUCACUUUUUAUUCUUCAUUUUUUUCUGUUAGAUGCUUUACUGUAUAUUCAUAAUGUCAUGUCAGGUUGCAAAGGCUCAUGCAAUGACACAACAGAAUUUUUUGUUCCCCUUACAGAUAUAGGUUACCUAACCCUUUCUUGUUUGGGCUGUUAUGUACGGAAUCAAAUAUCAAUAUUAAUUAAUAGAUAUUACAAAUAAAUAGAAACAAAGGAAUCAUAUCCAGAGGUCAAAUCUGACUGCUAGCAAAAAAACUGCUACUUCAAAUUUAUAGUGGUACUUUAAUAUACAUAUUAUGUAUGUACAACAUACACUGGGAUCAAUUCUACAGGAUGGACAUUUUUUAUUUUGAUAACAUUUUCAAAAAGGUUUCAGUAAAUCUGUCUACUUUACCAGGGUCAUUUCCUUUCCAAGUGUUUUUCAUUUGAAUAUUUGGAUUUGAAAAAAAUGUUUACAGAGAGCGAAGGCUUAGACUGGGUAUGAACAAAAUAGUUCAAGAUUGAACUGAAGUACCAGGAACGUGAACCAAACAGCUUGUUUCCACUAAUGGUGCGGAUACAGAUGUGAUCAUCACUAAAUUCUCAUCCACCAUUGACUGGUUUAUUUUCUCCAAAGACAAUUAUGGAAUUUCGAUUAUUUGACACUGAACAUUCUGUUACUUGAUAUUUUGUGCUACGACUCACUAACUUUAUACUUUUUGUGCUCUUCAAAAACAGCAUUUCUUCCUUGGAUGAAAUCAUACAGGAGCACUAAACCUCUGUUUUGUUUUGUUUUGUUUUUAAAGGAACAGUUCACAAUUCUGCACUUAGUUGUUUAGUAAGUUGGAGAUAGGAUGUGGUUAGCCUAACUUACCAUAAAGAGGAGGAAAUUAAAUCGACUCUGUUCAAAGUAAAAACAAACCGAUCAGUAAUAUCCAAGCUGAUCCAUAACAUCUAUGUAAUAUGGACAUUGUGAAUUAGAUCAAAGCCUUUUAAUGUUGACGGAAUUUACAGAAAUAUGUCACAAAAAAACCCCUAAAAUGUGCAAACAUAAUUUCACUUCAGGUUUCCCAGGUAAAACAGCUACAGUACACUUCAACAGAAACCAAACAGAACAACUCAGUUAUUUCAUCUCCUCACCAAAGGUUUCCUGGUCUGUUGAAAAGAUCAGUCACUGUAUCACUGAGCAGAUACAGUAUGUACCAGGUACUCUGUGUAUAUAUAUGCUGUUUUGUUAAGAUUAUUUAUAGUCUGUAUGUAAUCCAUCUUGCAAUAAACAAUGUACAGGCCUGCUUGUUUUUCCACUGAUC